GUGCGGACGUGUGAGGUUGCCAUUUUGGUGCUCCUGAGGCCUCACUGGAAGCUGUCUGCCAGCUCACCAUUGAUUUCCCUUGUUUGACUUUUUUCGGUAGAUGUGCUUAAGUUUUGUUCCUGUAAAUAUUUGCGUAGGGACAAUCAGGGACUUGAGUAAUUUUCUACCUCACUCGUGUCGGGAGUUUAGUACAAGUUAAUUUGUUGUACUUGUAGCUGGCUGUGAACUUGUGAGACUUCUCAGCUGGAAAAUCUCAGGCCUUCUUUCUCUGCGCUUCCUUAGGUUUUCGCCAAGUUGCUUCAAUGUUCAAGGGCUUCCGUAAACGCUUCACUACACACAGGCACAGCGGCCGCGGUGCCCGCAGAGUGCCGGGGCUGAACAGUGCGUGCGACAUCAUCUCGGUCACCAGAGAGCCCCCGGAUAAGUCCAUUGGUCGCACCACCUCUCCCAGACAAGUUCAUCCGGUUGAGCAAACGCAAUUUGUGCCUUACGACCCAAACGACCGAUGCAACGGAUGUUCCGUCACCACCGACUCUCCAUCCUCAACCUUAGACCCAAACUCGAACAGCAAACCUGGGGCGGAACGUUUCAUCAGGAACAACGUAAACUCGUCCCUGAGACGAGACCAAAAAGAUGGCUUACCUAGCAGAGGAAACUGUGAUUCUGUUCAUCCAGGAUACCCAGCUAGAAGAGCUCAGGAACUUGCUGGUCAUAUUGGCUACUUGAGCAUGGGGAGAGGCUAUCCCACCACACCUAACCUUGUCAUGAAGCACGGCAAGGUUGAAAUACUGGGACAAGGGCCUCCUGAACACAAUUACGGGUACGAACUACAAAAGAAUUUGCUCAAUAUUUUACCUCCUAACCAGCUGCGGCAAGAACAGACUCGGCAUCCAAUAAUCACAACGGAUUUGCAAGAUCACAUGAAUGUCUCGAGUACAAGUGAACAAAUGAAAACGGAUAGAUCAAGCUUCGACAUUCCUGACCAAAGCAAUGAAGCGGUGCUCCGCAACUCAUCAGAUGUAAAGCCUAACUUCAGCAGUAGCAGCAACAGCAGCACUCUGCCCAGCAUUAUUUACAGACCCAGUGGAAGGGAGCCAUACAUGAAGCAUGCUAAUGACCAGUCAUACAUUUCUGAUGAUUUUGAUUCAACUCCAAUCAAGAUGAAAAAGCCUGCGCUCCGUAAUAAUGUAAGGGAGCCACUGAGAAGAGCAGCAGGAGACAGCCUCUCUAGUGACUCGUCGGAAGACUGCGGUGAAGAGACAGACGAUACCGCCGACCAUCGCCGGCCUCAUCACUUCCCUGGACGCAUGCCUAACAAGAGGCGAGCACCGCAGCCGCCUGCAACUCCAAGAAGUAAUGCCUCGAAUGCCAGAAACGUGCCUUCACAUAGAACGAGAACCACGUUAAAAAGUACAAUUUCAAGUCCGAGACGCGCUGUGAGCAACCAGCCGUCGUCGCGCAACACCACAGGCCGCAGCACGAACUGUGAGGAGAACGCCUCCAAUGGACUCCUCAUUCGGUCACCGUCCUACUAUGAGAGCUACGCUCAGAUGAUGCACAUCAUUAGCCUUAAUGUCGAGAAUAAGGACUUGCCACAGGAUGAUAAAGACAAGCAGCAUCAGCAGCUGAAUGCUGUGAGUCGAAUCAAUCAAGAACUGCUGGCUGAUCUGAAAGCUCAACACGAUUCUUUUGCAUCAUCUCUGGACACAAUCAUGGAGUCUCUUGUGGCCGGCAUUAUCAACAAAGAGCAAUUGCGCAGCAUGGUAACUGACCUACAAAAGAAAAUGGCUCGUCUCAAGGCUAAGAACCAGGAAAUUCCGCAUUGCUCGGACUCUUGCUACUCUUCACUGCCACACAAUCACUCGUCAGUCUCGAGCGCUCCUUGCACAGGAUCUUUGCCUCUCAUUCAGCCCAAGCACAGCAAGAUGUUGUGUUCUUUCAAAGGCCCCAAUUCAGAUUUACCUGCGCCUCAAGAAUCCUGUGAAACUACUUCUGGGGACCUCAACUACAAAAUGACUCAACGAACAUUACAAUUUGAAUGCACGGAAUUACCUCAGAGAUGCAAAGAGAUUAAAAGUUGUGGACGUUUGCUAAGUUCCUCGGCUUCUUUGCCACAGCUCAAUGCCAUAAGUCUUCGAAUGAGCGCUAUGGCUGUUCGUGGCGAUGAAGGCUACUGGACCAUGGGUAGUCAAGUCCCUGGUUCCGAAUCUAGAUCAACGCUGCCCAGAACAUCUAAAGUUCUUAACUCUAGUCACACUCAUCAAGUCGUUGCGUCAUCUAAAGUUCCAGACGCUACUGCCCUCCGUAGCUUAAGUUUUGUAAAUAAUUCUCGUACCUUGAAAACAGAGCCUCUUGAUUCAAUUAGGCUUUCAGAAGCGCCUGUUACCUCAGUCAAUACGUCCAAGUGUGCGGGCGCCAAGUGGAGCACUGUCCCGCGUUUCUCAAGUGCCUCUCCAUCCAAGUACCCACUGCCACCUAGCAAAACUCAUCAGUCGAUAUGUCUGUCAGGAACCAAGUAUCUGUCACCCAUGGCAUGCGAUGGAUUAGAACGCAUCAUCACUGAUAUCAUUAAAGAUAUCUAUGUUAAGCUUGUUCCGGAAACUGAUACUCGUGCGAAUAUGGAGCUCUUGAAUAAGGAGAAGUUUCCCAUUAGAUUAUCAUUUGUGGGGUCUCCUGAGGAGGCUUUGAAGGGACUCGCCAGAGGUGUUUAUAACCUCAACUUCACACCUUGUGGAAAUAACCAAUGCUCAGUUUGCUCGGACAUGGUCAGUCAUGGCUCUUCCAUUUUCGAGGUAUUUUGGCCAUGUCCUGAAGGUCGACGUUUACAACUUUUGCAUAUGACCAGAACUGAUAAUCGUACGCACUACAUUCCUAGCCUUAAUGAUUCCGAGUCAGGCGACACAAGCACUUGUUCUCAAGGCACCGAGACCAGCACCACCACACUGGUGCCUAGCUUACCGUUCAAUAAAUGUGCAUCUUCCGUAGAUUCUCCUAGACUAAAAUCGAGGGCUAGUGGCCCUAUGCCUAUGAACCGUAUCGAUGGUAGGUCUAACGUGUCUUUCACUUGCGAAUCUGAAGCGUCGGGCAGUGUUGUACCACCAGGAUAUGACCCCGACUUCGUCGUGCCUGAAAUGGAAUGGUGUGGUGGCAGCUUCCAGCACCCAGACAAGUACUGGAGGGAGGUCAACGAGUUCUUGCCUGCCUCGGGAGUAUCUCGUGAGUCACCGAGGUCGGGCUGCAGUGAUCAACUUGCACUUUACCCCAACGAUCUAUCCUGUGGUUCGUUAAGAGGCAACAUUUCUUCUAAUUCUUCGAGAAUCACCGAUCUGGAUUAUCUGUCUGACCGUCUAUCUGAUCGCUUCCUUGAUUUCCGGACAGGUUCUUGUCCAGACCUAACAAGCGACGGCUGCAGUGAUCUAUUGAUGCCUGAAGGCGAUAUGGCAAGUCUGGAAAGUUGCAGUGAAGGGGACCUCAUGUCUUUAGAUUCAAGAUUCGCCCAGUCUAGUCGAGCUUAUUAUUCUAUCGUAGAGGUUGAUGUAGAUAUGUUCAGCCCCACUCAACAACAAGGUGUUCUUCCGUCCCUACAAUCUCUUUGUUAUGGCCCCGCCUCUACCAUGCUGGCUCAUGACUCGCCACCUCCUUCCACUUCUCCUUUGCCUCCUCAUCCUGAAGUCUCAGAGUCUAUUUCCUGCUCUGAGUCAUGCGACGAUUUUCCCGACCCACCGUUCCCGGAUCCCCCUGUAGAACAGCAAGCGCAGCCCGACGGCCAAAAUGAGUAUUUUUACGGACACACAGAUAUUUUUGCACCUACAAAUCAAAGUACUCACUCCACUCGAGAAGUAGGUAAAGUACAAUGCAAUGGUUUUGUCGGGAUUGACAGCUCUGAGCAGCCUUCUCCUAAGGAAACUACUGCUGAAUCUUCUGCAGUGAAGACACCUUGCACAAAGCAAGCGAAUUCAUCAAUAACCAAAGAUGUCGGUCAGUGUGUGUACCCUCUACCACUAGGACCUUCAGUUCCCCCUCACUGUCACCCUGUAGAUUCGCCAAGCAUUCCAAAACGCGUGACGAGCCGCCCCCUGCCUAGCCUGCCACCACCCGGUGAAGUGAUCGGUAGCGUUGGUUCUCCGACUGCUCAACAGCAAGCGGAAUCUUCUGGCCAGGCAGUGUGUCAGUUGGCGGACUACACGAUAGCUGAGCUUAUCGAGUCUCCUUGUAGUUCUCCUCCACCGCCGGCAUUGCCCAUACGUGGAGGAUGUACUCCUCUCCGCCCUAACGCUAGACUUGCUAACGGUAAUCGCACCCUUCCCCAGGCGUGUGGUCACACAACCAGUGUGACUCGCUCUCCAACCAUGAACCACUGCGUCCCAGCAUUGCCGCCCGUCCUUAUGCCUAAUCUUCCACACAUUUUACCUGCUAUUGCCACACCUCCUCGUGCUCCACGACGAUCCUCCUCACUCCUAUGCAGCCGCAGUCGCCCUGUGAGCAGCGUCGACUACCAGUACUACGCUCAGCAACAAUUUCAAUUUGCUGCUGACGCCAAUGACAAUAAGAGAGAUGGAUGUGGGCCUUCAAGCAGUAACAGCAGCAGCCCGCAAGAAGGCUUAGAAAGCAGCUGGGUUCGACUCAACUCGGACGCCUUCAAAAACGGCGGCACGAGGGGCAUGGGCUCUCCGGGCAGCGGAGAAGACAGCGCCAGCCUUCCCACCGGCACCACAACGCGGAAGAUUAAAAAGGAUAAAAAAGGUCGACAUCAAGGCAACUGCAUAUCGAGCAUUCAGUGAAGAAAGGAUCCGAAUUUCUAGUGUGCCUUCUAGCAGUGGAUAAAUCUGCCUGUGCGCCGAGCUUCAGUCACGUCAACGUUAAAUUUAAUGCCAAUGAUUUUAUACGUGAAUACUUUCGACCUAAACUCAGUUCGAUCUUAAUAUUCAAGAAAGGGUCGACUGCAAGUAUAUGCAUGCUUUUUAUGAGCUACAUUUUGUGGUUUUCACACGACUUAGUGCAAUUCUUUUAACACGAGAAGAGUUUCUAUUACUACAUUUUCGAUUUUAUUUUUUGUACUUUUAUUUUAUUGUUACUUCUUAAAAAUUGUAACAGAGGCAACUUUCUUUCGAUUGUGAUGUUAUAUUUUCUGCAUCCUUCUUAAAGAAAAGUAUUGAUGAACUGGAGAUAAUUCUAAAACUUGUAAAUUCAAGCAUUUUAUUUAUCAGACUAUUUACUUUGAAAAUGUUCAAAAACGUUACUCUGUAAAAAAAGAAACAUUCGGAUAGAGCGGAAAACUUAACAAACCCCGAGUUGUGCUAUUUUCUCUUGAUCACAAGUAUCAUAAGUAGCAAAUUCUGUUUGUACCGUUGUGUGUUAAAUUUUUGGUACAAGUUUUCUUAAUAUUUAAAUUUAAAUUUCAGCUGAAGGAAACGGAUCUACGCUUUCGUGUUUUCAAUCACAUCGGCUAGAAAAUUUGUAACUCUCCUUUAUGUCGCACGAGGCUCUGAAUCAUAAUACAUGCGUUCAUCUUAUAUUCAGAAAAGUUUACUCGAGUAUAAACUCAAACUUGUAACUUUCAGUCCUCGAGAUAAAAUAAUCUCGUCUAGUUUACUCUAUUUAAUGCGUCCAUUUAUAUUACAUAAUUAGUGCGUAGAUAAUGCAAUUCUUAAGUUAUGUUUUGUGAACUUGGUAUGGGAUGCGAGACUGAGAUAGUAACGUGCUUCAAAUUUAUGACUAUGCCAAGAUUUUCAAUAUCAAUCAUUACCUCAGUAGAAAAAAUAACAUUCCUGCCAAGUUUCAAGUCAUGAAAAUAGAAGUAGCGGUGGUGUGUUGAGUCCUGUAUUUCGUAUUGCAGUUCGCCUUAUCGUUGUAGAGACAUUCACUUGUUCGAUUCCGUUAUUCAGUUGGUCACGUUUGCUUUUCAACGGCGUUAACAAGCUGAGUGCAUUGUCAUGGAUUAUUUUUGUAUCUGGGUCAGAACUGACGCACCAGCUGGCAUUACUUUUAACGGCCAUGAACUAUUUCGGUGUCUCCUUUGUACUUUUCCUCGUCUUUCACCGGGGUUGAAUUCCUGCCCAUUAAACUUACAUGUUGCUUUUUCCGUCCAUCUCUAUACUGGAUACAAACCUUCGUAUAAGUUUCGCAACUUGCAGUUUAUCGCAGUUUUUUCAUAUACUACAUUUACUACCAUCAAAUGAGCAUACAUUCAUAGUUAUUUUUUCACAACCUCCACAUGCAAGAAAAUUUCUGGUUUCAUUUUUUUUUUGCCUUGAGAGUUUCUCACCAAGAAACAUUGUCACAUUAGUCAGAAACACUGCAAUUCUGCAUACAAACAACAUUCAUUUUCAGUGCUACAUCGAAGAAAGAUGGUUUACGGUUUGACUUCUAAAACUGUGAUUUUUUGCCCUGUAAUUCGAACAUCGAAUAACUCGGUUCAGUAUCUUCAUUUCAUUUGUGUAUUAUAAAGUUUCGUGAACUGUGAAUACGUUAGACUAGGAAUCCAAGCUUCGAAUUCCUCCAAGUUAAAGCUAUAUUGCUGAUUUUUGCAUUCCGCCCAUGGAGAUUUUUAAGAUAAGGAUAACACCUAAGCUAUUGUGUAUUGGGAUUAACGGGAUUUUGUUUGUACUGCCUGAAUGUUGGGCACAUGGAUAGUUCUGAAUGAAUUAUCAAGCUUUUAUUACCUAGACUGCUAUGCAACUCGUCAUUUUCACUUAAUCUCUGGAAUAUUUUGCCUAUAAAAUUCCUCGUCCAUGAUGAAACAAAAUUAUUUAAGAAUGCUACAUUUUAUGUUCCGGGAAAGGAGGACCGUUUCUCUGCGAUUUUUCCUGUACUCUUUUUGGCUUCUAUGGCCUCACCGAGAACGCAACAAGGAUUUCCUUCCGUGAGACUGAGGAAAAUUCAGUCGUCCUACUUCCUAUGUAGUGUAAACUGUGCGGGGCAAUUCGAGUUUCCUAUUUGCGGAGUAAUGAAGUGCGUUAGUUGAUUACCAAAUAGCGCAUGAGGAGCUUGAUCAUAGUUGACCUGAUAGAGCUUUGGUGUGGAAUAAUGACGGUAGCUUCUUCAGUUUAUGGAGCCUAUCUCGUUUAGAUAUGGUUCAGAAAAAAGGGUGCUAUGGUAAUUUAAGAUCAGUAGAAGGUGAAACUUAAUCGUGAGGCGUCACUUCAGGAUAUUAUCGUUUAAAUUUGAAGAAUUAACAUUAGUAUAACUUCUAAAUCUCCAACCUGUUUGUCUUGAAAUAAUUCGUGUUCCUUGGCACUGCAUAAGUCUUCUGCCAUACCCAUCCGUCUUUUCAAUAAUGCCGAAGCGUGUCAGAAUAUUUUGAGAACUCCAAUCUGGCCAACAGUGGCGUCAUUUACUUACUGAAUCAUACGUCCCAAGUUCCACUAUUAUUUCCACGCACAAUAAUUUCUUGAAACAAUUAUGUGUGCAAAUAACUCAGUUCAAAGUAAGAGUUCAAAUUAAGCUGCACAAGUUACUUCUACCUAGCAUUCAUUCAUCAAGCUGGCUUGUUUUUUUUUUUAAUUGAGCAGAAGGACGUAUACUUCGUAGUCGACGUCUAGCUAGCAUAAAAUUUAGCUCGUAUGCCUUUUGUAUAGCAUAACUUGUUUGCUCAGGUUGUCAGGAUGUUCGCCUAUACUCCAGGUGGUUUCCAUUUCACUGUCAUUAGUAAUAUAUCAGUUUAUAUCCAUUAUUAUGGAAGUCUGUGUUACCAUACGAAUUGAACCUUAUCAGGCAGCUUUUGAAAAAGCUAUAUUUGUAUUUUCAGUAGCGUAUCUAUUCAGUUAAUAUUGGCAUUUUUCGAUUGAACUUUUUUUCCAACUGCUUCUCUUGCCCUUCCGUCUUUUCUAACUCUUCAUCGAUUCAAAAUAUUCUAGGAUUGCUUUGUAUGGAUUAGUUUGCAAUUCUUUAAAUAUAAUAAGAUGAUAUUCUACUAUUACUGGAACUCCCAAUGUGUACGUGUUAUUUAUUUGUAGAUAACUUGUCUAGCCAUUAGAGUAUCACCUUAAAUAGAUUUCGACAGUUUCCAA